AUGAAACAACCAGCCCCUAUCAGAGGCGAACGCAUGGAGACAUUAAUCAUCCAAACACUCAUCGCAAACACACCAGUCGAUCCAGAUAUCCCAUCCAGAUCCGAUACAAGAACAGAACAACACAUCACCGUCGACCUCCCAGAUAGCAAUCGUCAUAGCUCCGAUCCCAAUCGCUAUCUCAUCAAUAGAAAUAAUCCAAUUGGCGGACACGGUGUUAAAUUAUCAGACAUCGAGGCUGAUACAUACGACGAUUACGUGGCACAGAUUCAACUUGGGAAAGCCCUCAAAACUCUGGAGAGCAAAGACGGUGAAAAGCCUAUGUCUAGGAAAAAGCUCUUACGAAUAGUACUUAUGAUGAAAGAGCUUGUCUCGGGACUGAUUGAAGACCGCGAGACCCGAUCUACCAAUAUUGCGACGUGGGUUGAUUUGCGAAAGUCGCUUAUGGAUAAACUGUUCGACUCUCGAUAUACAAGUGAUGAAGCGAGUGGAAAUACAAGUCCGGAUGAUGGUGAAGAUGAUGAUGAGGAGAAGAACCCAAAAGCACUCGUUGAGAGAGUAGGCGUUGUGAUCUCUGCCAUAAAACAUCAAACGGGGAUCAACGAAAAAUUAUUGAAAUCGUUGGAAGAUGUAGAGGACAGUAAAUACCAGAGAAUCAGUGACGCUAUGCGUGCUCGGGGUUUCAAGUAG